AUGGCCAAGAAGAAGCGCCAAAGGAUUAGCUAUGUGCUGCCGCUGGCAGCUACGCCUGGCGGCCAUAGAUUGGGCGUCAACGGCCUUGCUUAUGAUCAGGACCGAUCUAUACUAUACACUGCGGGUCGAGAUGGUGUGCGCUACCUUUCGCAAACAGGUUCAGGCGCAUACACAUUGGUCAAUGACAUCGUGCUGGUUAAGAACAACCUUGGUGUGGUUUCCGCGUCCUCAGAUGUCACCGUCAAGCUCUGGCGUCCGCAUUCUCAUGGACAGGAUGGCGCAUACACCAUAGGAUCGCACAGCGACUACGUCAAGUGCCUUACUACACCGGACAAGAGUGCCAACUGGGUCGCAUCCGGCGGCCUGGAUCACCGGAUAUGCCUGUGGGACUUGGCUGGAGGCGGCUCGACGCUUGACAUCAACUUGAACAAGCUGGACGAGACGGUGAACAAAGGCUCGAUAUACACACUGAAGGCAAAAGGCUCGAUGAUAGCAAGUGGCGGCCCAGAAGGUGUGGUCAGGCUGUGGGAUAUCAAAUCGGGCAAGAGCAUCACAAAAUUUGUUGGACAUACCGACAACGUGCGAGAUUUACUCAUCAGCGAGGAUGGCGAUACGAUUCUUUCUGCCUCGUCAGAUCAGACUAUCAAGCUUGGGGAUAAGUCUGGUCUGGUAGCCAAGACAGAUACACGACGAGCUAUGGAGAUCGAGGAAGGUGUAUCUGUAGCAGUCUGCCAGGAGCAUGAUGGUAUUGCCAGACUUGUGCCUGCUGGGAACUCGAUCUGGACCGCAACGUCGAGCUCUAGCGUGAAUCGGUGGAAGGACGUCGACACUGAACUGGAAAUCCAGACACCGCCGCAAUCACCGCGGCAUGAGCGUAGUAAUAGUGCUCUGUCUCAUCCAGAUACGCCUCCAGACACGCCAACCACGAACGGAUCGUCUACUCCUCGGAUACCUCACAAUGCCGUGUUAAGACUCGCCAACACCGCUUUACAUCCUGGACGGAAGCGAACAGCGCAUCAUGCCAACCACUCGAUGACGAAUGUCCGGAAAGCUUCCGAGAUCACUGCAGAUGAUCUGAGCUUGAUCGUGCCCAUACGUGGUCAGCCAGCAGAAACGAUCGAGGGGCAGAACGGCUUGAUCAAGCAUGUCAUGCUUAACGAUCGCAAGCGGAUCCUCACACUCGACACAGCAGGCGAGGUGGUGCUCUGGGAUCUCCUGAAAUGUGUGCCAAUCAAGUCGUUCGGCCGGAGGCAUCUAGACGAAGUUGUUCCAGAGGUCAACACAACUGAGAGCGUAGCUAAUUGGUGCGCUGUUGAUACCAAAACUGGCAAGAUCACAGUCAUGCUGGAGGAGAACUACGCGUUUGAUGCCGAGGUUUAUGCGGAUGAGAUUGAUAUCACUGAGAAGAUCGACUUCCGGGAAGACCAGAGGAUCAAUCUGGGAAAAUGGGUACUCCGAAAUCUGUUUACAACACUACUUGAUGAGGAGAUCAGGCGCGACGAGGAUUAUCGAAAGAAGGCAGCAGAGGGCCGUCUGAAAGGGACCUCGGGCACCUCAACUCCGGCUUUGCGGCCGAACGCGCCAACUAGUAUCGCAAUGCCGACAGGUCCUACCACACCAGGACCAGUCACAACACCACGCGCGAACGGUACUCAUGCACCGCGUACGCCCGGCCUUGCAAUAGGCGCGGCUACUCCUGGACGUCACCUGCUACAGAGCGACGGAGUGAGCACACCUGGGUCCGCUGCAUUCUCACCUAGCACAGAGGCACCACUUGACAAACGGUUAUCACGCACGAGUCAGCCACCGGGCGAGGGACAGAUCGACUACUUCUCCUCAGCCGCCAAUACAUCAGACGAAUCUUCUGAGAACAAGGAAAACACGACUGUCACGUCGACGGAAGCUCCACCCUCGAAUCCUGCCUCACCCACAGAAGAAAGGAAGAAACCCGGUCUUUUCGGCAAGAAGUUCCAGAUGGGCUUCCAAAAGAAGCCUCCUCGAUUGUCAACUGACGUGAAGAGUCCCGGACCCACAUCUGCGCCUGUUGUAGAAGACAAGUCGGAUGACGCCGCAUCAAGCAAAUCUUCCGAAAGGGAGGAGAAGAUCGUCGAGGACAAUUUUCUCGGCACCGUACAACGGAUUCGGCAUGAAUACGACGAGCACCUGGAGCAGAAAUCAGACGAGGUCCUUCCGCCUGGAAUAACGCCUAGCUUGCCGAUCGAGACACCUGUGCUGAAGCCCCCUCCGCACACGUUAGUGAUCAUUCAGGAAGAUAACCCAGAAUCUGGUGGCCUGGCAGAUCAGUAUCGUGGCGAGAUCGCGAAUCUCGGUAAGGAAGCAGACAUACUGGAGAAGAUUGCGCCAAUGUGGUUGGGAGAGCUUUUGCUGAGGAACCAGAUCCCAUACAAAGACACAGUGAAAGUCUCCUUCGUCCUCCACCCGUACGAGGAUGUCCUCCCGUCCAUCGCGUCUCCAGAUGGCAAUGCUCGCCUCAACGCCAAUCGCAUGCUUCGUGCGAAGAAGAUCCUGGCAUACGUAGCGGAAAGGAUCGAAGCACCGCCUCCGGCGCCGCCCACUGCGGCCGAAGAUGACUCGACCGAUGCCACACCGGCACCUCCAUCCGCGGAGCCAAUGCCCGAGGAACCGAGAUUGCAGCCGCAGGAAUAUCUCGAGCUGUACUGUCAGGGAAUCAGAGUUGAUCCGAACAUGACGUUGGCGACUCUGCGGGUGCAUCUAUGGCGCACUGGUGGCGAUGUUGUACUAUACUACAAAAGCAAUGGCAAGAAAAAGCUCAGACUACCGCACCCAGCGGAAGUCCCGUCCAAGGAGGAGAGUGCGGAGGGUACUGGUGUGGGCGGCGAAUAA